ACCUAGAAGCAGCAGCAGCUCAGGCGGUAGAGCGGGUUGUUCAUUAAUUGGAAAGUUGUAGGUUCUGUCCCGGCUCCCGCCAGAGAAUGCUGCUGUAGUGUCCUUGGGCCAGACGCUUAACCCACCUUGCCUGCUGCUGGUGGUCAGAGGGACUGGUGGCGCUUCUGUCAGCGUGCCCCAGGUCAGCUGUGGCUUGCUCAUCAUCACUCGUGUGUGUGCAUGUGUGGAUGACUGGUUGUGUUGUGAAGCACUUUGGGGGGUUGUAGAACCCUAAGAAGGUGCUAUACAAAAACAGAACAUUUACAGGUGGGCAACUUCAGUCCUCGAGGGCCAGUAUCCUGCAUCUUUUUGUUGCUUCCCCGUUCCAACACAGGUCAUUCACCUAUUCAGCAGCUCAUCAGGCUCUGCAGAAGCCGGUUAAUCACCUGCUGAUUGAAAUCAGGCAUGUUGAAAAAGGGGAAAACACUAAAACAAGCAGGAUAGCGGCCCUAAAGAACCAGGAAUGCCCACUCUUGAUUUGGGGCAAAUAAAAAUGUAUUUCACCUUUAAGCCCCUUUCCGUAAUGCCUUUAAUUUGUGAACGCACACGUCUGCAAUUACAAUGUUUUCUCACGUUAUGCUAUUAAUUCAUUAUAUAUGUAGCUCCCGCUCUCUGGAAUGCACUGCCGCUCACUAUCUGUCAGUCACCAUCCACUGGUGUCUUCAAGCACCGUAGGGUUUGGCUUUUAGAUAGAGAUAUUUUACUUGUUUAUUGUGUGUUUUAAUUGCUGCUUUUAUCGUUACUUUUAUGUGUCUGUUUUUAUGUUGGGAGGCGCUUUGGUCAGCUCCCAUGCUGUUUUUUAAAAUGCCUCAUAUAAAUAAAAUUAGUGUGGUAAAUACAGUAUAAACAAUAUAUAUUCCAGACUUGUCAAUAAGAAAUUUCACCAAGGUUGCAAAUGUUUCACAUUUGAUUUUAAAGCAGAGAUCCACCACUGUUGAAAUUAGGUCCAAGGUAAGUUUUUGACUAUUUUUGAGGUGCUUUUCGGCAAGUUUAUUCUGUGGGCUUUCUUCACAUUUGCCGGUUAUGGAGUAGAGUCAUGCAGUCAUGGAAUCUGUAUUUUUGUAGCUGUGAAGGUGGCUGUAGCUGCUCCAUGAUUGGCCGUGUCCUUGCAGCUUUGUAAACAGCAGGAAAAUGCCGCUCAGCUUACUUCCACAAACGCUAUAGGAGCCUAAGUCUCCUCCCCUUCUGGUUGGCUCAUCAGUCCCAAAACAACGACAAAAAGAAUGCAAGUGAACGGAGCUGUUCAAGCUAUUUUCUGAUCCGCUUUGCCUUAACGCCCUGAAUCACACACUAUGUUGUAUUUUAAUUUAAAUGAAAAGAAAUGAUGUGAGUUUUGACUUUGUCUGUCACAUAAUUUGAGAUUUGUUAGCUUGUAAAAAUUCUUACAUAAAAUUGCUACAAUUCAGACCUUGCGUAUUAGCCUGGCCCGCCAGACUUGUCCUCUGUUAAAUGGGCUCGACACACGGGAGGCGACAAACGACCGCGAUCAGCGAAAUUUGUCACCGUCGCUUUUAUUACCUGACACACGGGAGGCGAUCCGUGGCAGCGGCCAGCGGCAAAGUCGUCUACGCGUUCUGUUCCAUGGCGAAAUCGAAACUUCCGUUGUUUUGUUUGGCUGUGUCAGGUUGGAGGGAAUUAAGGUUAUUUAAGUGGUUCAGAGUUAAUAAAGUGGUAGAUAUGAUGUUUCACAAGGUGCUGCUAGAGUUAUGUGAAAUCUUACUUCUGAUUUUACUAUAUAAAACAUAAUAAUAAUCAACUUCUCCUCCAUGUUUGCUCGGAGAUGUACGGAGCAUCCUGUCCGCUCAUUGGUCAGUGAGUGAAACCUCCAUUGAGUGGUCCUCGUCCAAGCGACAGCGAUGACAAGUUGAAAAUGUUUUAACUUUCUGGGAUCGCGUCCCUGGGUCGCCUGUGCACGACACGUGCACGAGCGCAAAAUUUCACACGCACGUUUUUCGCAUUUCGCUUAGUAGGAGGGAGACCUGCGAUUAUCGCUUUGUCGCGCAUGUCUCAUUGAAAAUGAAUGGAGGAGAGGCGAUGUCGCCUCCCGUGUGUCGAGCCCAUAAUUCUGUACAGAGAAAGGGUUUGGUAACUCUCUAAUAACCUCGCCCCUUGAGAAUCCUAACCGAGCCAAUCAGCACUGAGCAGCGUAUGUCACACAGUUUCUCAUGAACAACGACGAUGGUGUUUGAAGGUGAGUUCGCCGCGGCGCUUUCCUCUUGGACACCUCUUUAAAACCACAGCAAAAAAACCACUGAGCCUUUCUUCUACAGAAAGAUGUUAGCGCCAUCGCCAGGCUCCAUUUUUGACUACAUGCUAUAGAAAAUUUGAUUUUAAUUUGAAUUUAAAUUUGACUUGCUAUAGAAAUGAUAUUUUCUUCUUCUUCUACAUCUAAAAAACUACAGCAUCACGUGGUACAGUCAGCAUUUCAGCAUUUUUUUCUGAUUGGUAAUUUUUGAGCUUGUAAGUCCCGCCUCUCAUGGGCCUCUCUGCCUUUAAGUAACCAGACGUACUCUGCUCAGUGCUGAUUGGCUCGGUUAGAAUUCUCAGGGGGCGGGGCUAUUUGCAUGGGAGAGUUACCAGACCCUUUCUCUGUGCAGAAUCAAACAGAGGACGAGUCUGGCGGGCCAUGCUACUGGCGUAUGUGAUGUCGCUGCAGAAUCUCUCUUAUCACAUGGGCAGAAUGUUUGCUUUGGUUUAAUGCUCCUUCUGUCGUCCUGGAAGAGAGAUCAGAAACUUGCUAAACUUACAGCCAUUUUCUUCUCCGUGUCUCAUUCAAUGACAUCAGUAUGGUGAGAGGCGCUUGUAGUCCUACAUGCAUUUUCACACAAAACCUAAAAUAACUUGCUUUUGUGUGAAAAUAAGCGCUUUCUUGGCAUCAAAAUGUGUCUUUAAAGUUCACGGACAUCAUAUGUGAAAUCCAUGGCUCAUAUUAGAAAAUAGCUUUUAUCCUCCCACUGACUUGCAUUCAUUUUUCUAUUUUUAUAUCUGGAGACCCAUGGUCCAGAAGAAGAUGGGUGAGUUAGUCUCACGAUGGGGUAGGAGCGAGCUUGGCAAAAGCAAAAGAUAUUUUUCUUAGAUUAUUUAACUGAAUAAAUGUUACAGAGUUCAAAAAAUCAUACUUAAUUCCUAAAAAAGGAGAAACUCCAGGUUUCUACUUUGAGAAUUUAAAAACUGUUAAUGAUGGCCAUCUGUUUCUUCUUCCUUUUUGUCUUUAAACUACAGUUCUCUGGAUUCGAACAAACCUCUACGACAUCUCCAAUCAUUCAUUCAGCUUUUUUAACCACGAUGGAGCCCUCUUUUCACAGUUCCACCUUUUCCUCCCUGCUCUUCAACAGUAGCAUACCCCUAAACUCCUCAACAAACAACAGCAUUGAGCAGUUUACUGAAGUCAACCUGUUUGAUAUCCUUGGUCCAAAACGAUCUCCCCUUUUCUUCCCCGUGACCACAAUUUAUCUUCUCAUCUUCCUCACUGGCUUGUCUGGAAAUCUGCUGACAUGUGCAGUGAUAGCUAAGCACAAGAAGAUGAGAAACCCCACUAACAUUUACCUCGUGAGCCUGGCUGUAUCGGACCUCCUCGUGCUCAUGUUUGGCAUGCCCUUAGAGAUCUAUGACCUGUGGGAGAACUACCCCUUCCCUUUUGGUGAGGGCGGCUGCUACUUCAAGAUCUUCCUGUUUGAGACAGUCUGCUUUGCAUCUAUUCUCAAUGUUACCGUGCUGAGCAUGGAGAGGUACAUCGCCGUGGUGCAUCCCCUCAAAACACGAUACCUGUCCACCAACCAGCAUGCCAAACGCAUCAUCACGGUGGUGUGGGUGGCGUCAAUGGUCUGUGCCAUCCCCAACACCUCCCUCCAUGGUAUCUUCUACUUGCCAGAGAAACUGGAGGAGUCAGCCAUAUGUACUGUGAUCAAGCCCCUGUGGAUCUAUAACUUAGUGAUGCAAAUCACAACUGUGUGUUUCUAUUUUGUGCCCAUGAUGAUUAUCAGCAUGCUAUACUUGGUGAUGGGCAUCCAUCUGGGCAGAGAGAGGCAACAUGCCAGGAGGAACCUGGGGAAGAACUGCAGCAACACCAGAAGGAAGAUCAGUGCUGAGAACAGGCGCCGGAGACAGGUCAUCAAGAUGCUCUCAAUCGUGGUGGCCGUGUUCGGAGUCUGCUGGGCUCCUUUCCACAUUGAGCGGCUCCUGUGGAGUUCAGUCAGCCAUUGGACUGACAUGAUGCAUAACGUAUACCAGUAUGUCCACAUCCUGUCAGGCAUCUUCUUCUACCUCAGCUCUGCAGUCAACCCCGUCAUCUACAGCUUGCUGUCCACCAGGUUCAGGGAGUGUUUCCGGGAACUCGUGUGCUCUCACCCUGAGGACAAAAGCUCAGUCCGGGACUCGCCACCAUUCCCAAAGAUUUUACUGAAUGCCUCCAUCUCUAGUUCACAAUGCCAAGCAGAAGUCAAGGAAUCCAUUUCUUUCAUCCCUUUGCUUUCUCCUAAGAUAGCAUCCAGCAUGGAUACAGCAGUCUUUCCAUGUGAAAGCAAAGAGACCACCUGCAAAACAUCCAUGUUCUGAGUUUUGUUGAUUUUGACACAGCAGCACCUGAAGCAGAGUCAAUUUGAAGUUACAAGUGGACUCUGGGGAAUUAUUUUGCUUUCUUGCAAAGAGACAGAGAUAUAUUGCCUCGAUGAAUAUCAAUUUUCUCACAGGAAACGGUAAACACAGCUUCGUAAAGGUUUUUAUUUUUUCAAAUUGAUGGGAACAUGCUGGCUCUGUACAGAGCACUGAUACGAGCAAAAAAAAAAGAAGAAUAAAAAGUGCCGGUAUUCCCCAUAGAUUCACGCUGAUGAAGUGCAGUCUGACAGGCAAAUGUUUUAAACCAUUCACAUUUCCACCAUGGGAAAGGUCAGUGGUAAAGGACCAUUUAGGUUUGUUUGUAAAUGGUAUCCACCAUGCCUCAUAAGGAGGACCAAGGAUGGAAAUGUGCAUGAGCUGUAACAAUGUGCAGUUACCUUUUUACCAAGUUUUCUUAAUGAAAUCAUGCAAAAAAUCUAUCUGUGCAUAUCUGAGUUGUGCCACACAAGUUGCACAAGUCUGGAUCAUCUGCUGAUUUUUAAGCAGCAGUACAACAGAUCAAUGCAUUCAUCACUAAUGUAUUGGAGAUUGGUGCAAAAAGGCAACAUCAACCAAAAGUACUAGCUUUUUGGUAAACUCCGGUAAAUAUCAAUCAUAACCAUACACAGUAUAUGUUUACAUGGCUGCAAGUAAUCAGAAUUAAUGCCCUAUCAUAUCAGAAAUUCUUCAUGUAAACACGCCAAUCGGAAUAUUGACAUGUUUACUGUGUCAUGGCCCUGAGACGACUCUUGUCGUGAUUUGGCGCAAUAUAAAUAAACUUGAAAUUGAACAUUCUGAUUCGAUACUGCCCGGUCGGAAUGAAAUUCCAUUCUGAAUGAGAAAGGUGCAUUUGUCCAAUCACCAUUCCAAUUGACGUACAAGCACACACUCAUUCGAACUGUUGGAGUAAAGUAAUGCCCACUGUGCAUGUGCACUACUUCAACGUGAUGUCUUUCCGCCUUUGCAGACGCUCAGGACAAGUCUGAGGAGCUGGAGGAAGGUGUGAGCGGGUGAUCGUUAGUACGCCAUCCUGCCCUCCUCUUCUGUGGCGGAGGAGCAGCAGCGUUACCUACUGCUGAGCCUGUAGCUUAGUUAAAGCCUUCGGUUAAAAACAAAAGCAUACAGGCAAAAAUGCAAAAAGGUUCAUGAUGGGAGAAAAAAAUGUAAUUCCACGAACAAAGCUAGAGAAUAAGAAAAUAAAAUGUGAGGAGAAAGGCGUGUAGACGUUUGUUUUUCUGGGAAAGACUUCUCUGCGCAUGCUCAACCUGUUUAUUCUGACUGAAUGCUCAGUCGCUGUGUACUCAUGGCAUGAUUGGAUCAUUUACUAUCCAUGUAAACAGAGAUUUGGGAUUUAGGGGACAUUUGGUGCAUGUAAACGUAGUUACUGACGUGUGGUCAGAGGGGACACUUCCUCCCCUGUAAUCAUCAUCUUUAUUUCUAUAGCACCCUCCAUCGUCCAAGAGGCGAACCAAAGUGUUGCACACAUAUAAAACAUUUUAAACAACACAUGACCAACGAUAAAAUAUACAUAAAACAAACAAAAGCAAAGAAUAUCAGUAAAAAGCAGGAUAAAAUAAUGAAAAUACAACUGGAUAAGUAGUCUAAAAUUGUCUAAAGAUAUAGCUAACUCGUGUGCUGAGGGAACGCCCUCUAUAAAAGUGAGUCUUGAUCCGACUCUUAAAAUCCAGCAGUGAGAGUUAGGGUUAGGGUUACCAUCAGUAGAAGGUCAUUCCACAGCUUGGGGACCAAAACUGAGAAAGCCCUGCCUCCUCUAGUCGAGCGUUUUGCUCGUGGAACGACUAGUAAGUCUUGCUGUGAUGACCUAAGUGCAUGUGAUGGGUUGCAGCGGGUGAGUGGUUCAGACAGAUAGCUAGCAGCACUGCCCUGCAGAGACUUAAGAACAAGUAUCUUGAACCUGACUCAGAAAGGUACUGGAAUCAGUGCAGAUUGGCCAAAACGGGCGUGAUGUGUUCCUGUUUUCUGGUGCCGGUCAGGAAUCCAGCAGCAGCAUUUUUGAGCAAGUUCAGCCGUGAUUGUGACAAGUAAAACGCUAAUAAUGGUUUAAUAAUAAAAAUCAAUGUGUUCACUGAUUGGCCUAUAUCCUUGAUACGUUAUGUCAUGUGCCCAAGCAUAUCCUUGCUGCUGGCUGCAAGGCAAGAAGAUGGCGCAUCCCCGUUGUCCUCCGUUGUUAUCAGCUGUCUAUUGACAUUAUAGAUUGAAAAGUGGCAAAAUAAAAACUAUCAGCAUGGUGAACACAUGAAGCCCUGUAGCCUGCACAAGUAGACAGAAGAAGGACAAUAAUCUCACAUUUCAUUGGUGUCCGGCUGAUAAAAUACACUGAAGGAAAUAGCUAACAGUUCUAGUGGAUGAAUCAUCCACAUCAUGGCAGCUAAAGUC